CGACUUAAAAACUCAAAUUCCCAGCCUCCCCUUUACUUUCAAGACGGCUUAAUCCCUCCAAGCUCCAACUGGCGAACUCCCCUCUCUCUAUAUAUAUACACACACAACCCCGGCCAAUUUUCUCACCACAAAAACAAAACUCGAAAGGCUAAAAAAACACAACGAAUUCCGUUUAAUUUCCACUUCCAUUUCUUCCAAAGCAAAAGAAAAAAAAUGGUUGAUUUAGAUUGGAAAGCAAAGAUGGUAUCCUCUGAUCUCCCAAACAAAUCCCCAAAACUCUCCAACAAACUCCAAAUCUCAAUCCCAGCCAUUCCGUUUCGUGGCGUCUCGAAUAUCACUCCGACUCCUGCUUCCGACUCCUCUUGUUCAGCUUACGAGCACUGCUUCCGCCUCCCAGAGCUGCAUCAGAUAUGGAACAGCAAAGAAUUCCCUAAUUGGAAAACAGAGUCUAUUCUAAAGCCAGCCCUGCAAGCUCUAGAAAUCACUUUCCGGUUCAUUUCAACGGUUUUUUCAGACGCAAGACCAUACGCGAAUCGGAGAGAAUUGACGCGUAGGAUCGAGUCACUCACCACCUCUCAGAUUGAGUUAAUUGCGAUCAUCAUCGAAGACGAGGCAGAAGGUAGCACAACGCGUGGUACGGCUCCGAUCGUUGACUUGAGCUCAGCGAACAGUGUUCUGGUUAGAGAUGGAAGCUAUGCGGAGGUCUGGAAGGUUCCAGGUGAAACUACAGUGGUCAGUAAAACCAGCGAGGCAAGUCUGCUGCCCAGGCUUGCAACGUGGCAGACAUCAGAAGAUGUAGCUCAGAAAAUCUUGUACUCUAUCGAGUGCGAGAUGAGACGGUGCCCGUACACACUAGGUCUCGGCGAGCCAAACCUAACCGGCAAGCCAAACCUUGAAUACGACGCUGUUUGCAGGCCGAACGAAAUCCACGCCCUCAAAAAGAGUCCUUACGAUCACAUAAACAACCAGGAGAACCAGUCAGUGUAUAACACGCAUCAAAUCUUAGAGUCAUGGAUCCACGUGGCAAAACAAAUAAUCCAGCGCGUAACUGAAAGAAUCGAAAGCAAGGAAUUUUCAAGAGCAGCAAACGAUUGUUAUCUAGUCGAGAGAAUCUGGAAACUUCUAGCAGAAAUUGAAGACUUGCAUCUACUGAUGGAUCCAGAUGAUUUCCUGAGGCUAAAAAAUCAGUUACAAAUGCGAUCGCUAGACGAAACGGCUCCGUUUUGUUUCAGAUCGAGAGAAUUGGUGGAGAUAACCAAAUCGUGCAAGGAAUUGAAGCAUAAGGUACCGGAGAUUUUAGGCGUUGAAGUGGACCCUAAAGGUGGGCCCAGGAUACAAGAAGCAGCCAUGAGGUUGUACAGUGAGAAAAGGGAGUUUGAGAAGGUUUAUUUGCUUCAGGCUUUACAGGCAAUUGAGGGUGCUUUGAAGCGGUUCUUUUAUGCGUAUAAACAGGUGUUGGUUGUUGUUAUGGGGAGUUUGGAGGCCAAAGGGAAUGGGGUUUUGGUGAGUUCCGAGAGUUGUGACUCGUUGACUCAGCUGUUCCUUGAACCCACUUAUUUUCCGAGUUUGGAUGCUGCCAAGACCUUUUUAGGAGAGUCGUGGGGUCAUCGACAACAUAGUGGGAUGGAGAGACGGAGUCGGAGGAAGCAGUGAAGGUAUUGGGGAUGGAAUCG